CUCUCACUGAUAAGGUUUUGAAGCAUCGGUCAAUAUGGCGUCAAAGUACCUAGCGUUUAUAUUGCUGUUUGUACACAUAGUCGGUACACUAGCUGUCCCGGAUAAUGAGGAUUCCAUCGAAAUGCGAUUCCGAAAAAUGGAGAGAGACUUUUCUCUGUCCAUAAAAACUCUUAAAUCCGAGCUGAAAGACACUCAAGAUAAACUGAGAUACGCUCAGGCGGAAAUUGAGUGGACGAAGUCGACAGUGAAAGCUGUGAACUUAGAGUUGUUAGCCACUCGAACCGAUCUAAAGGAGACUCGCAUUGGACUACAACAGACGCAGUCAGAAUUGCAGAAGACUAGGGCAGAACUGUUCGCCACAAAGUCGGAAUUUGAUAAAACACAUUCCACGACUGAUCAAAUCGAUGGCAGGUUUGAAUCAGAAAUUCCAGGAUCAGAGGAACCUAGAACUGGUCAACAAGGCAAACAAGACACGAAGACACAUUUUCCAGAACGAAAAAUGUUGAAGCCUGAACCGCAGUCAACUUGGCGUCGUAUAACCAAGCAAUUUAAACGUUUGACGACACGAAGUCGCCGUGUAUCUGGCGAACACCUGGAAAAAGCAUUUUCUGCUCAGGCGUCCAAUCAUGAAAACUCGCUUGUAACUCAUCAGACAGUCCUCUUUCCUCGCGUCAUCCUUAACGAAGGGUCAGUCUACGACAACCUGACGGGAGUGUUUACCUGUCCGCAGUCCGGCGUCUAUCACUUCUCGGUCACCAUUAUGGCAUUUCGCAACGACGAAGUUGAAACAGAACUGGUUGUCAAUGGUAACCAGGUAAUGGUGAACUAUGCCGCCGGGAACCAGCGACACAACCAGGGUACUAACACAGUCUUAUUACGUUUGGAUAUCGGAGAUCGGGUUUGGGUUCGAAUAAAUAAGAACCCGUCCAUCAACACGGAUGGUGCCAUACGUAUCUAUGGACAAUCCUGGUCAACGUUCACCGGCUUUAUGAUAUAAUGUCUAUAGUGGAAUGUUUUUAUCACAUAAAUAAAGUUCACUUUCUGAUUUA